CGAGCGGUGGAAAUAGCUGAGGCGGAGCGGGCAGCCAGGAAGCGGCUAUGGAGUUUGACAGAUUUUUACCGCCCUCAGCUUUAGGUUUUAGCCUCUAGCAUUCUGAGCCGAAGGCAUUUUUACAUCUUACUCUGCUCCACGCCCUGGUUGUCCCCCGCCCUGUUGGCCCGUUUGGUGCAGCCGGAGUCCGCUGGAAUGGAGAAUCCGAGCCGGGGAGACAGUGGAGCUGCCCCCUUCGUCACCCCUAGUGAGAGCCCAGACCCGGAGCGGCCGGGUGACCUCCGGAAGGAAAAUGCUCUGGGAUCAGAAAGAGUAGAAGAUGGAAAACAAAUGGUGAUAAGCAGCAGUGAGUGUAAUCUCUUGCUGCAAGAGCCCAUUGCUUCUGCUCAGUGUGGUGGUGCUGAAAUGACAGAAUGCCAUAAGUCUGUCCCCUGUGGAUGGGAAAGAAUUGUGAAGCAAAGGUUAUCUGGAAAAACAGCCGGGAGAUAUGAUGUAUAUUUUAUCAGCCCACAAGGACUGAAGUUCAGAUCCAAAAGUUCACUUGCUAAUUAUCUUCACAAAAAUGAAGAGACGUCUCUUAAACCAGAGGAUUUUGAUUUUACUGUACCAUCUAAAAGGGGCACCAAGUCAAAUGAUAAAGACUGCAGCCCAGCAGCUCUGACAUCCCACCUGCAAAAUGAAAGUAGCAUUUCAAACCGGAACCUCAGGACAAGAAUCAGGUGGAAAAAAGAUGUGCUUCCUCUGCCAAGUGGUAGUUUGGAGUCCCAAGCUAGCAGGGAACUCUCUAACUUUACUUCCAUGCAUUUGCUUUUGAAAGAAGGCGACGGUGUUAAUGAUGUUGACGCCAGAAAGGUUAGAAAGUCCAAAGAGAAGAGGACUACUGUGAAAGAAAUUCAAGUUAAGAAAACUAAAACAGGGUGCCUGAAGAGUUUUCCAGAUCCUGUUCAAAGUAACAGAAAAGGAGAAUCUGUGUGUAAUGAGGCAGAAGCUGAAAGUGAAUCUGUUGCACAAGAAAGUCAGCUUGACAGGACUCUAUGUGUUUCUGAUUCCAGAGCAAGCAACAAGACCAUCCAUGUGACCAACAAAGAAAAGAGACUUGUAAAAGAAAAAUCAUUGCGUUCAGGAUCAAAUUUUAGUUUUGAACAAACAACUUCGGGCAGCAUAAACAAAUUAUGUUCGACCAAAGAAGCAGAACACACGUGUGAGAAUACCUUUUUAGAACCUGAGGAAAUAACAACAGUAGAAGUUGGGGAAAGGAAGGAACAUUUGCAUGCUGACAGUUUAGAAUGUGGCUCUGAAAUGGACAACUGCUCACAAACUGAGAAAGAUUCCACUUCUGUUAAAAUAUGUCGAGAAGACACCAUCCCACGGACACAAGUAGAGAAAAGGAAAACAAGCCUAUAUUUCUCCAGCAAAUAUAACAAAGAAGCUCUCAGCCCCCCACGUCGUAAAGCCUUUAAGAAGUGGACACCUCCUCGGUCACCUUUUAAUCUUGUCCAAGAAACACUUUUUCACGAUCCAUGGAAGCUCCUCAUAGCAACUAUAUUUCUCAAUCGCACCUCAGGUAAAAUGGCAAUUCCUGUGCUUUGGGAGUUUCUGGAGAAGUAUCCUUCAGCUGAGAUAACAAGAACUGCAGACUGGAGAGAGGUGUCAGAACUUCUUAAACCUAUCGGUCUCUACGAACUUCGAGCAAAAACCAUUAUCAAGUUCUCAGAUGAGUAUCUGACGAAGCAGUGGAGAUAUCCAAUUGAGCUUCAUGGGAUUGGCAAAUAUGGCAACGACUCCUACCGAAUUUUUUGCGUCAAUGAGUGGAAACAGGUGCACCCUGAAGACCAUAAGUUAAAUAAAUAUCAUGACUGGCUUUGGGAAAAUCAUGAAAAAUUAAGUCUGUCUUAAAAACUCUGUGAUGUUUUAAAACUCACUUUUUAUAUAUUGCUUUCACUCUUCAGAGCUCAAUUAAGCCAACCAACUAUGUUUCCAGGUAUAUAAGUUUUAAUCGGCCCAAUUAGAAACCUAAUUCUUAAUAUUUGUGUCACUGGUAGAUCUUUACUACUGAACGUGCUGAAACAUGUUUUGAGAUUUCUUUAAAAAAUAAAUUGUUAUUUGAUAACGAUCCU